CCUCCUUCUCCCUUCUUUACUGCUCCGCCCCAUCACAAAGCUCCAGUUCAGGGAAUGAGUGCAGGGCCUGAGUGUGACUUUGUGUGACUCGGGUUGGCAAACAGAAAGUCAUCUCAGGAAUAUUACUGUAGCUGUAGGGUGAGUGCUCUUCUCUGAGGGCACCAUGUAAAGAUGAAGUGAGUGCCCUCUUCCCCAGACCUUCACCCUGAAUCCAGGAGGCAACACAGAAGCAUGGUGGUGGAGGAAAUCACCAUUGCGCUCUCCGGUGGAGCACCAUGGGGCUUCAGACUUCAGGGGGGAGCGGAGCACCAGAGACCACUGCAGGUUGCCAAGGUGCGCAAGCGCAGCAAGGCAUGCAGGGCUGGACUGCGAGAGGGGGAUGAGCUGGUGUCCAUCAAUGAGAGCUCCUGUGAGCCUAUGUCCCAUGCUCAAGCCAUGAACUUCAUUGAUAGCAUCCCUGGAUCACUGCGCAUUCGGGUAAAGAGGGCACCGGCUGGAUUCCAGUCGGUGGUUUUGGUAGCCCGAGCACCUUCUCCCCGCAUCGAUAAAGAGUACCGAGCUGCUCUAAAGGCCAAAUCUCCAUCCAGCUCCAAAGUGCAGCAGUCUAGUGUUCAACAAGCAUACUACAGCUCAUCGAUGUCUCAGACUGUCCGCAGUGGCGUCACCUCCCCAUUUGGCAGUGAGGCCUACUAUGGAGAGAUAGACAGUGAUGCAGAUGUGGCAGCCCAUGACCGUCAACGUAAGCAGAAGCGCCGCAGCCCCAGUAACUCCCCAGGAAAAGCAGGCUACACUUCUCCUGAAAUGGGAGAAGCCUCUGAGAUGAGUGGCUAUGACAGUGCACCAGAUAUCCAGGGCUACACCAUGCUGGGGCAUGGCUCUCAAGAGGGCACCCUGCCUGGCGUGGUUCGCCGUGAGGUGGUGUACCAGCCCCAUCCAUCUGGAGCCUGGUCCUCCCAGACCUCCACUGAGACCUCAUCCAUGAGUGCAGAUGAGCAGAGUUCUCAGGACCUGGUAUUGGAGGAGAACUGUGGGUCCCAGGAGCCUGCUAAUGUACCACUGGUGUCUCCGGAGAGAGCGAAGGGGGCGCUUAGGCUGAGCUCCCAUGUCCAGUUGGUACCCAUGGUGGGGCCAGUUGAUAAACCAGUGGACGAGGAGCUCACAAAAACCUACAUGGAUAAAGCAAAACAAGCCAAAUUGAACCGUGGUGAUACACCUCAAGACAAGCAGGUGAAGGAGGCCCGGAAAAAGUGUCGCACCAUUGCCUCUCUGCUGACUGACGCACCUAACCCCCACUCCAAGGGUGUCCUGAUGUUCAAAAAACGCCGUCAGCGCUCCAAAAAGUACACAUUGACUAGUUACGGUAGUGUAGAUGAGGACAUGCAAGAAGACUCUCAAGAGGAGGACGGCAACUUCCUUGGAAGUGAAUCCGAGGUGGAUGAGGAGGGGUUCAGUGCAGCACCUGAUCCCACAUGGGACAGUGACUACCUGGAUAUUCUGGAGAAGAGAUCAGCAUCUAGAGGCCUGGAAGGAAACGAAGCGAAGGAUUCUCUGAGCGCUGGCCUGAGUGACACCACAGGGAGAGGGGCAAAGCUGUUUGAGCAGCAGAGGAAGAGAGCUAAGGAUUAUGACAAGAAAAUUUCUGUCACUCAGGCACAACAGAGUCUGAUACAGAGCCAAACCCAGCCUGAAAUCCAAACACAAGAAAUACAGACACAACCAUCAAAUUUGUCUGUACAGGUAAAACACCAAAUGAAACUUGGAAUCCAGCCACCACCAGUUCCACCAAAGCCCACCAUACCACCAGAGCUGAUGAUGCAAGAGGAGGCUUGUGCUUUCAAGACACAAAUCACAGGAUCCCCACCUCAAGUAACCCCUUGCACUAUUAAUGAGCAUACUGCCAGCAUAACAGUACCAGUUCAUACCCUGGUGCCUAUGUCAGACCAACCAAUAACUGCUGCAUUGGCUACGAUGCCUCCACCUACAGCUCCUCUGCCUGAGUUACCAGCUAGCUCAGUGUUGAACCGUACAGCUCGUCCAUUUGCCCCCGGGUUCAUCAGCCACAGAGCAGCUACAGCACCAGUCAUGUUUCGCCCUAACAUUGCUAAAAAGACUCCCAGGCCAGUCUCAGUGGCAUUGAUGGCUCCUCGUGCAACACCAUCUGAUGAGAAAGUUAUAGAUGUACCUUCAACCAGUUUCACAGUGAGCCAGAUAAGUGCUGUUGUUCCUGCUGAGGUGUCCUCCACAUUAAUCCCUGUGCCCACUGAGCCUCUCCCAUACCCUGCUACACCAGAUCCUGCAGCCUCCCUUACUCCACAUCCUCCUUCAUCAAUAGAUAAUAUUCAGCCUUCUAUCACACAGAUUAUAGUGCCUGAUUCCUCUGUUCCUGCCAGUGUCAUUACAGCUACUCCUCCUGCUGGUCUCACAGAUCCCACUACCAUAACCUCCAUUGUAUCCUCUCAGUCCACUGCCACUGAACCUUCAGUGAUACCUGCUGCUCACAAAAUUUCUACAGCACCUGCAACUCCGGUUAGCUCAAUGACUCUUCUGCCUCCUGAAGGUUAUCGAGAGAAAGCCACAGAGAUAGCUCCUGUAGUGGGUGGGAAAACUGGCAUCCUUCAGGAGGCUCGCCGCCGUAGUGCCAAUAAGCCAUUGUUCAAGGUGUUAGAGAGCAAGAAAAACUCACCCAAUCCUGAGCUGCUGUCUAUGGUACAGAAUUUGGAUGAGAGACAUAAGCAAGAAUACACGGAGCCUGUCUCUAUUGCUCAGGAUUCAUACAACUUUGAUGACAGGAGGGGACGGAUCGCACCACCAGUGGCUCCUAAACCACGCAUCAUCCCAGAGAUCUCUCAGAUUCCUAAGGCAGAGGGUAAAGGUGCUGAGCUAUUUGCACGAAGACAGAAUCGCAGAGAUCUCUUUGUGAUAGAUUCUCCUCAAUCACACACUCAGCAGCAGCAGUAUACACAGCCCCAGUCUGCUAUGGCUAUGAUCCAUCCAUGUGAGCCUUCAUCCUGGAAGUAUUCUCCAAAUGUCCGUGCUCCCCCACCCAUUGGGUACAACCCUCUCCUGUCCCCUUCUUGUCCCCUGGGAUUACAACGUGGAGGAGCAAAGAGUUCUGAAAGAAACUCCAAGGUGGGUAAGAGUGGUCAUGGAAUGCAGAAGGAAGGUAUCAGGGCCAUAGACUUCAUGAGACGGCAGCCUUAUCAACUCAACUCAGCCAUGUUCAGAUUUGGAGGUGACUCAAGCACACAGUCCAUAGGUCCCUCCUACCAGAGGCAGCCACAGGUGGGUCACACCUUAACCCAACCCAGGGCAGUACCCGUGAAGGCAGCACGAGUGUAUGAGAUCAAACGCUUCUCUACUCCUACUCCUAUGUCAGCUCCAACAAUCAACCCUACAGUGAUUGCCCCACGUGCACAAACCACUCUGGCUGAACCCCUGUGUCGCUCUGACAUGACCUCCCCUACCCCAUCACCUGUUUCUCCUCCACCUCAGCAUGCACCUGUAACUACUGCCAUGUCUACACGAGCUCCAGGUUUGCCAGAACUCCCUAAAAUCUCUGCCACUCCCAUAUUUCUUCCUACCCCAUACACACCCCAGGCUUCUCUUUCCAGCAUGUCAAGCCUAAGUUGCAAUGGUCUCCAGGCUACCAAACAGUUCAAGAGUGCUCCAGAACUAAGUUCCCUGCCACCAAUCCCCCUGAAGCCUACAGUCCAGGCACCCAAGCCACGCUUUAUUGCUACACGGGUGGGCAUACAGCCUCAUGUCUGGAGGCCUGGAGCUAUGUAGAAAUGAGGGAAACAUUUAAAGAAAGAUUCACUCCUUAUCAUUAUUUAUAAAACAACAAUUCAAAUACAGAUACUGGGCGAAGGAGAAUAACAACAAAUGUAUUGGUUUAUUUGGAGUAAUAUGAAACUGACAAACCUUUAAUAAUUGAGACAAAAAUUGACUGCACCCCAUGCCUUCUCGCCUGACAUUAGUGCCUGACCUCACUAAUGCUCUUGUGGCUGAAUGAGCAAGUCCCCACAUUCAGGCUCCAAAACUAGUUUAAAGCCUUCCCAGAAGAGUGGAAUGGGGACUAAAUCUGUAAUGCGAAGAUCAACAAGCACAUAUGGGUGUGAUCGUCAGGUGUCUACAAACCUUUGGCCAUAUAGUAUAUUUAUAAAUUAACAUGUCUUGUUUAAAAACACUGGUUUCUGAGUAUUCAGAAUUUUAGUCUGGUACUGAAUUUAUUGUACCAUCAUAUAGAAUGUACAAAAUGCCCUAUAUAAUUAUCAUUCUUUGUUUAGCACCCAGGUAUAAAACCUAAAGAUACACACCACAGUAUAUAUAAGACUGGCUAUAUCCAAGUUACUCCAUCACAGUGUUUUUAGCCUUUCAAUAUGCAUCUCAUAAUAGAGAUGUGCUCCACACUGUAGUCCAUGUACGAUAAUCUUUCAGAAAUGUCAGCAGUGUUUUGAGCAGAGCAGAAAAAGCUUAUUAUUAAACGCAACAAACCCCUUACCAAGAGUCUUAGAAGAAUUGCAGAUAAGGUACUGAAAAAGAACACCACAGUGGAGAACUGAUUAAACUGACCAUAAAGAAAUAUCAUUGGGAUUUGAGUUGUUUGAUGACACAUUAUCAAAGCUACUCACAGUCAAAUCUAUUAUUAUGGCACCUAUCAAUAGAAUGAUCAAACUACUAUAUAAAAUGAAUGUUUUUUCGCUAUUUACAUGUUCUACUAACAUCUGGAGAAAACACUUACCUUUCCCUAAAGAUUAUCAGUUAUUAACAGAAAUAAAGGGGACCGCAAACAAUGAGAAACCCUUAUAGCCGCUAUAAAAUAUGGUGGUGGAUCAGUGAUGCAUUUAGGCUGUUUUAUAUAGUCCUGUGUUCAAACUAUACAGCAUACUCAUAUAUUAUAUAUAGUAUACUAAUAUACUCAUAUAUUAAAACAAAAAAAAUCACUCACUGUGUACUUUAUUCAUUUUAUAUAUUCAUUUUUGCUAAUUAUCAUGAACGGUGCCAAAGUUUUGGAGUUGACUGUAAACUUCUAUCUGUGGGGUCUUUUUGCUGGGACCAAUAAGCUUUAUUAAUGUUUGAAAAUGAAAUGGAACUGCAAGGCGCUGGAAAAAGGAAUAAGGUAAGCUGGAUCCCUGCUUCUCAUAAACCAAUCAGAAAUUAUAUCUGUCCUGGCAGACCCUGGAAGGAACAGGUGCAUGAGUGUCACAGCCUAUUUGUGGGAGCAACGUAAACAGCAAACCAACAUUAUCCAAACGGGCUCUAGCGCUUAUGUCUCACUCGCAUUGUAAUAAACAAAUAAAAUGUAUUUAAUAAACAUGUGGCUUUAAGAGCUCAAACUAGCAGUGUUAAAGGUUAUGUGGGCAAGACAGUCCAAGAGAUGGGUUUGAAGAGCCUUCCAAUUAGUUCUGUGUUCUUAUAUAAGCAGUUACACCAGGCAUACAAAGUGACCACUCUACAGGACUUUUACAUGCUUAUUAACUAGAUCACUGGAAUUAGACAUAAGGAUUUUGUUGUCAGUCGUGUUGUAUUUUGGGUGCUUUGAGAUGAUGAUAUAUUCCCAGCUAGUUGAUUGUAACUUGAGGUGAUAUUUGAGUGUGAGCUCCCAAAGCCACUAGUGAGAGAAAGGUAAGCAGAAAGCUAAGAUGAUCUGUUAGGGUUAUCAAGGCAGCACUGAUGGAAAAAGUAGCAAGUAGUACAGGAACUCAUUACAGGAGCGUAUUAUACUACUCAAUGUAUGAGAUGAUGAGAGAAUAAAUGAUGAGGUACUAUGGAUAAACAUUAUGUUCCUCAAGGCAUAUUUAACUUUGAAUAGACUUACCAUAAACCAAUAUAACUAGUGUUGAACAUGUCACAUAAUGCACUUGUGUUUAUUUUCUGCCUAUAUUGAUUUAUGCACUCUUCUGUAAACUAUGCACGAAAAGCUUGAUCGUAAUCAUUGCACUAACAUAUUAAUGAUAGUAGACUGUGGUGAGGAUCUGAUUGUUAUAUCAUUUGAUUAGUAGAAUCUUGGGUAAAUGGGUGUGUGUGUAUAUGCCACAGUGAUGGUGAACUGAAUGACUUAUGAUGAAAAGAUGUAUUUUUCAAGAAAUAAAAAUAAACUCGAACCCUU